GGAACAAGAAGCAAGCGAAUAAAGGCUGCUGAAAAGGUUGCUUGCCGGUCAACGCGGUGGAGAUAAUGGAGAGCUAAUUGGGCCUCACAGGGUCGUGUCUUGUGUAGACUGCGGCUGGCGGUGCGACAGUCAAGAAUGCUCGUUCUGUGACUGGGUUGAAUCGAAGGCGGCGGCUUACGGAAUUCGGACUUCACUUUUGUGUGUACACGUAUUCCGAAGAUUUGACAGAGUGUGCAAACGAGUGGUUCCCGUCCUGGCUGUUCUUUGUGGAGGAAGCAGAUGUUUCACAAUCUUGUCAGCGCCCUGAUUCUCGCUCUCGACAGAGCGGCGUUUUUCUGAAACAGAAAGCAGAGUCGCGAGAAAUCUCUUGUGACGCACCCUCUUGUGUCUUACGAACUGACGUCAAAAGCGCGUGUCUGGGGGACGUUGUCAAGACAGCCGUACGCGGUCGGAUGUGUGCGUAUGUGUGUCGAAAACCAGCCGGUUUCCGCGAAAACGAGCAACCUGCUCCGCGCUGACCACGGCGCCGCGUUUUGCCCCUGACGUUGUACGCCGUGCAGAGAAGCGAUCUGUCCGUCUGCAGUCGGCGAAGAGCGGGAGCUUUCUCUUUGCAGCUGUGAGGCUCGCGGAGUCGUUGUAAUCGUGUGUGGACCAGCGCGGGUCGCCGCAGUUCGCGCCGGUUGGUUGUCCGGAUGCAUCGCGAGUCGCGGCUAGAGAAAGGCUGGUUUUCUUUCUUGUCGCGAAGGUGCGAGUCGCGAAACUCCGAGACGCCAUUUUUCUUCUGCGAAGGAAAUGAUGGAAGCUGCGGAUGCGGCUCACGACCGGCUGCCCGCACCCACGGGCCUGUACGCGGAUCCGCGUUUCCACCUGUUUGUAGAGAAAGUCAGUCGCUCUUCUUCAGUCAAAAGUUUUUGCGCGUGUGGAGAGCGGGACGCCGGCCCUGAGACGAGCCUGUUCUGCUCAGAUGGCGUCUGGACGAAAACCGCACUCGCCGAUCCGGAAGGCGACGAGCUGGAGGAACUUGCGCGGUCGUUUCGCUGGCUCCAACUGACUAAUGUAUCCCCGUCGCUGGUCAAGAAGCGAGGCCAGGCGCUGCAAAUCGAAGAGGAGAAACGAGACCCGGAAAACUCACCGCUGCUGACGGAGGCGUGUGCCGCCGGUCAUGCGCCGGAGCUCUGCGCACCGGGAGUCUGCACAGCAGAGUCGGGCAGAGACUCGCCGGCGGCCGGUGCCGCUCUGCGAGAACAUCCGCCGUUCGCGACGCAUUUCGGCAAUCUCGACGGCGGUUCACGCAGCGAUGCAGAUUUGAGACCACGGCAAGUAGCAGGUUCUCCGUGGCUCGCAUCCGACAAGGCGGUUCCGCCCGGCGCGGCGCCGGACGCCGCGGCGACGGCGCGUUCCGGUUCGCUGCGCGGCGCUUCUCUGUUUCUGCAAAAAAGGAGGCGAGCGUUGCCGAAGACGAUUCGUGCGUUGGAGACGCAGAAAACAGGUCGAGAGGCAGUGCCAAGGCAGAGCGGCAGUGCCUCGCCCCGUCCCCAGAAAAGUGCAGAGUCGAGCGUCCACAGACACGCAGGGAGUUUGGGGAGGAGAGCGAGCAUUCCUACGACAGUUUCAUAAUCAGGGAAACCGAAAUACCACAGAAACAAAACUGUUUUUUGAGCAGCACACUCUCUCACACUCUCCUCAAAGAGCCAUACAUUACUGCCGGCAUGCACACAUACACACACAUGCAUGUAUGUGUGUACGCAUAUAUCUGUAUACACGCCAGUGUGAAUUCGGCGACAGUGUUGGAGAUGCGGCAGGCGCUUGGUUUGUGAGCGCUCGUCUGUUUUUUUGAGAACUUCUCUUCGAGUGACCGAGUUGCGCGGUUCUUUUGAACGCGGAAUGGGGUCACUCCGUCUUCAUCGGGAAAAACGUGAAAAUGUGUUUCACACGGUCCACGUCCGAAUCUGUGGGCGUUUGCUUCAGUGGAAAUAGGUAAACUCUUCCCCCGGCACCCGAACGGAGUCUCGCAAGUUCGUGGAUAUGUGCACAUCCCUGCCCCCAUGUUUGCUUAUGGUACUGGUAUUCUUCUACAUUUUCAAUCCGUGGCUCUGUAUUUUCAUACACGUUCGCGGAUGAGCGUCGGGGCGACCGAUGGAGGAGUCGAGAAUUAUUUUUGAGUCAACACCGCGUUUCCGUGCUUUUUGUGUCUCUGCAUAACUCCACGGUUCAUUCCCGUGCUUUUUUUGACAAGCGGAGAGGCCGUAGGCGACCGCCGCGAAAACAUACGUCUGCCCGCGUGAACGCAUGCGCACACAUACACAACGUUUGCUCGGGUCUCUGCUCACAAACGACUGCCGACGUCUUCCUAAAUGUGUACAUAAGUCUUUGCUCGCAUACGGAUGGGCAUCUCUUGGCGUCUGUGUGGCUACCGCAUGCACGGUGUCGUCUGCGGGUGCGGUGUUACACGUUUGAAAAAAAGUUCGCUUUGUGGAGGCAGUUCCGGUCUUUGUCUCUUCUCUCCAAGGAGAAACUCCACCAGAGCUCGUGGAGUAGGACGUAGCUCGUGAAAGGUGCCUGCGGCAUUCACACCCGUCUGUGGUCCACGCGAAACAGUGCAUGCAAUCCAGUGCACGCAAGUGCGCAAGUGAGUGUUUCUGGAGGAACUCUGUGAAAUUGGCGACGUAAGCGAAGAAUCGAAGAAGCGCAGCGACUCAACACAUAAAUGCGUGUACACCGUCUCUGGAAAUGGUCACGGAAAGUCAGAGUAAAUCCGAGUCCGUUCGCAUUUGUUCGAGUGUCUCGCGGACCCCUUGGCGCGGUGUCUGUACACUCCGGCAGCACGUGGUGACCCAGAAUGGACAGAACUGAAGACAGUCUCCAAUCCAGACAAACUCAAGAGUCGAGAGCUCACUCGCUUCCCGUGCACACCUCCAAAUAUUUUCGUAUAUAUAUAUAUAUAUAUAUAUUACACUUGAAUACGGACACAUAUUGAUAGGUAUGCGUGAUGUACGUAGAUAUGUUUGUUGAGAAGUUCCAGUUCGGAAAAGUCAAAAACAAGCUCGUAGCAGAAACCAGGAUAUAGUCUUCUGACCAAAGAGGGGAACUCCGUUGACAGUCAUCGCCGUACUGUUCGCAGACACACCGUCUUCUUCACAGGUGGAGUGUAUGUACAGCGAGUAGGCAGCUUUUUAGUUUGCGAGGGAAGUGGAUUUCUCGCCAAGCCUCUGUUGGCGAACACGGUCUCUGUGUGUUUUUCUAGAUUGGUCGGAGGCGAAAAAGAGCGCGUCUUCGCAACUCGCGCGUUUCUUCGGCUUAGCAUCCGAAAAUCCAAAAAGACGGCCGUCCGUAUUGCCCCGCUUCUGUAUGAUCGUAUCUCUUCACAGACCCUCUCUGUUAAAAGCAA